AUGGUAUUAUUUGCAAGUACGCUUCUUGCGUCGUUGGCGGUGCCUCUUGUACAUGCGCACGGUCAAGUACGCUGGUUCAUCACCUCGACGACGACGUACCCUGCCGCAGACGCCUAUGCAUCCUCUCCUAAUCCCAAUAGUCCGAUUCGCAAGUUGAAUACGUAUGGACCCGCGGCGCCGUUUACGGGUGCGGAUAUUACGUGUGGGCCUGGUGGGAAUAAUCCUGCGGCGGUCAUUGCGCCUGUGGUCGCUGGGAGUACGGUUACGUUUGAUUGGGGGACGUGGACGUCUUCGCAUCCAGCUUUUGUAGGACCCGUCAUGACCUAUAUCGCCGCAUGUCCAAAUGGAUGUAUGAACUUUAAGGGAGACACGGGAAAUGUCUGGGUUAAAAUUCAACAGGACGGAUUCAAUGCUGCGCGCACGCCUCAAUGGGCCGAGCAGCUCAUCGAGGCUGGAGGUCAAAGCGGUCACGGAACGUGGAGCGUGACGAUUCCUAGCACGUUGCCGGAUGGAGAAUAUAUCCUCCGCCAUGAAAUUCUUGGAUUACAUUUAUCAUACGAGUUGAAUGGCGCACAGUUUUACCCGAAUUGCGUCCAAAUCAAGAUUACGGGCGGUGGAAACGUGGGCCUGCCAUCGGGCGUCGCCUUUCCUGGGGCGUAUCAACCGACUGACCCGGGCAUCUAUUUGCAGCUCUAUACGGUCACUACGACGAACCCUGCGUAUACUAUUCCUGGAGGACCGAUUCUCUACCCACCGAAUGGGACGACGACGACGUCUACAGUGGUGACGAGUACGUCUACGAGGACGACGAGUAGGAGCACUGCGAGUACGUCAUCGACGAGAACGACUUCCUCCUCUUCAAGUGCUACGACGCCUGGAGCCACACCGUAUGGACAGUGUGGUGGAAUGGGAUGGAAUGGGCCAACGACGUGCACGAGUGGAAAGACGUGUACGGUUCUGAAUCCUUAUUACAGCCAAUGUUUGUAG